UUUUCAUGCCAGUCACACCACGGCUAUCCUAACAGGUGCUAUUCAAGUGUGAGCAGUAAGGCAGAGCAGCGAUCAUCAUGCAGGCAUCAGGCAGAAGUGUGGCGAUGGCAGUGGUGGUGGUGAGCGUGCUCGCCGCCACUACCACCGCCCACAUGAUGGGUCUGGGAAGCUGCAAGAACUUCGAAGGCAUGCAAAACUUCGAUCCUGCCCGGUUCAACGGGACCUGGUACGUCAUGAAUAAGGUUGGCACGCGGAGUGAUUGCCUCGUCGUGACCUACAAUCUUAUGGAGGACGACCAGAGCUUUGAGGUGAAGGAGGUGCGGCGGCCGCCCUACAGUGAUGUCAUCCCUCUCGACUUUGCCAUCACUAACACUGGCUCGUUGACGCCCAAGGGUGAUAGCGGGAAAUUUACUGUCAGGUGGAAUAACGGCAUCAUUCCCUUCACCGGCACCUAUGCAAUCCCCAACACUGACUACGAAAACUUCGCCAUUGAUAUCGAGUGCCAGGAGUUCUUUGGGUUCCUGAGACGAGUGUCAGCCACGAUCCUCAGCAGAAACCCUGAGAUGGCUUCUGCAAAGGUUGAAGAGCUGCUGGAUGAACUGGCAUCACAGUUCGAAAUUCCAAGAAAUCGAAUGAACGCAGUGGACCAAAGCAACUGCGUCGAAAUGGAAGCAAACGACUUCAACUUCGUUGUGGACGAGAAUGGCAUCAGGAGCGCAUUGAAAGAAUUAAAAAAGAUUGAGUACCUGUCAAAGCUGUCUCCUGAACAGGCAGCUGAAAUUGUGGAAACUUUUGAAAACUGAAUGCUUGGAGAAGAAUGCAGACUGUCAACACUGCAUGAGCUGAAUGUGUCACGACACGCAUCUUUUGAAAAAUGCUCGUCACACGUGGCCAUGUAAAGGACACUACUUUUAUGAAUUCUUUCCUUUAUGUUACAUUUCCAUGGACUUUUCAUUCUUCCAAUAAAAUCUAAACUGGUU